AUGGAUUUUGAGUCAAAAGAUAGGUGGGUUCUACUUGGAGGAAUAGCUUCAGAGUGCGAGGAGAUUUUGCUCAAGAAAAUUGGUUAUUCUUUUUGGCUUAGUGAUCUAAAUAAGUUCAUUAAUCAAACCCAAAAGGAAGAGUCUGAAAAAGAUGAACAAAACAUUAGUUUGUACUCUUUUAAGGAAAGCGUCUGGACUGGAUUGUUAAGAAUUUCUGAUGGAAUCAAAUUUGAUUCCUUUGUCGAAACUGAAAGUACUUUCAGUGAAGAGUUGGUUAAUUUGUUUCCUCAAAUAAGGGAAGAAGAAUUAGAAAGGAAUCGAAAAAUACGAGUAAAGGUAUAUAUAUGGUAUAAUUUUGGCCUAAAUUUAAUAACAAGUUAUAAUUGCAAAAGAGGCAUUUUAACUUUAAGUAAUAAUGCAGCAAAUUAUGAAGUUCUAUCACAUUUAAAGAGUACAUUUUCUAUACAUUUAGAUGAAAGAAGAAAACCACUUUUGGAUUUAUUUAGAAAAUUAAUUCUUCAAGGAAAUAUAUUCACUGAUCUAACUAUACCCAAUACCUUGGAUUGCAAAUAUCAAUACAAAACUGAACAGAAAAAACAGGUUUACAAGGCAUUUGAAAGUUUUUGUUACUCAAAAUGCAAAGUUAUUAAUUGUAUUGAACACUUGGAAUUUAAUUCGGAUCUGAUCAAUUCCUUAUCAAUUAGAAAUCUUAUGAAUUAUCUCAGUAAUGAAUUAAUUUCUAUUGGUAAAUCUACUAAUCAUGAUAAUGAAUGUCAAAGUAACGUUAUUACAUCUGCUUUAAGAAACGAAGGAUUUAAUUAUCAAUAUUUAAAUAGCAAAAUACCAGUUGAAAUUUGGUGGAGUAUUUUUGAUUUUCUUGAUGAUCAUUCUCUUACCCAAAUUUGUUUCUUAAGUAAGUCGCUCAACUUUAUUUGGUUAACAUAUCAUAGAAAUGCUUUACUUCCACAUCAGAGAAAAUCAGUAACCUGGUUAUUAGAACGUGAAUCACAUUCUGGAAAAGGUCAUUGGUUAUUUGAAAGCCCUAUCAGAUUUCUAACUUCUUCUGAUGAUGUAUUUAAAUACCUAUCUGUUUGGCAUUAUUUAACAAUAAAAGACUUAUCUCAGGUCCUUCAACCUGAAAAUUUGGGAAAAAUCAUUUGGGACCAAAAUAAAAACUAUUUAAUGGGAGCUAAAAUUCAUCCCAAAAACUUUGACAACCAAAUUUCUCAAAUGAUUUUUCAAAAAAACUCUAAUAUUGCUCUGUAUAUUAACCAUACAAAUAAAACCAUUCAUCUAGGUUUUAAUCCAAAAUCACAAUUUGAGUUCAAAAAUGAAGAGUAUUCUCAAACUAAAGGAGGAAUAUUCUGUGAUGAACCAGGACUUGGAAAAACUCUUACAAUAUUGUCACUUAUUAGCAAAACAUCAAAUAAAGUUUCUGAUAUUCACAAAAUUUCGGGAACUUCAUACUUUGAAUAUCCCUUUGGAGUUACUCAUUUGCUUUAUCAAAUUAAUAAUAAAGAUCCAAAAAUUAACUUUAUUAUUAGUAAUCAAAGUCCUCCUCUAAAACUGGUUGAUCUAUCUAUAGAAAAUAACACUUUAAACAAAAACACAGACCUUAUUUCAACUGGAGCUACAUUAAUUAUUGUACCAAACCACCUUAUUCAACACUGGAUUGAGGAAAUCAAAAAGUGGUACAAAACUGAUGUUAUUACUACUACUACUACUACUACUACUAACAAUAUAAACUCUUCAAAAUCUAAAAUUAAAAGAAUAUACUCUAAUCAAUCCAACAAAAAAAACUCUAUUAAAGAAACAGGAAUUGAUCAUUCUAAUCAUGAUAUUCUCAUCUAUUUAUUUGAUGACCCCUCUAAAGAUCAUGUUAUGGAGCCAAAUAUCUUAGCUAAAGCUCAAAUUGUUAUAUUAUCAUACAGAAUGCUUACUAAACAAUUUCAAUUAUGUAAAGUUAAACAAAAUUACAAAAGAGUUUUUACUAAAAGUACUCGAGAACAAAAUUGUGAUCUUGAAAAUUUUAAAGAUCCUUUUUUUAGACAAGAAAUGAGUCCAAUCCUAAGAAUUAAAUGGCUUAGAUUAAUUAUUGAUGAAGGCCAUAAUAUUGGUAGUUCUGAAAUCUCUUCAACUUUAUAUCAACAAUUUAUAUUCAAAAUAAAAUCCGAAUUUAAAUGGAUUAUGUCUGGUACUCCUUUACCUAUUUCUAUCAUCAAAUCACUGAAUACAAAUAUUCCAAAUAUCUUAAAAUUCUUACAAUUACCUAUAAUUUGUGAUAAAACACGUAAUUAUGAACAAGAAUAUAUAAGAAAUUCAACAAGAUCUUAUAUUAAACAUCUUCAUUGUAAUGAUAAUCAAGCUUUAAUACAAUCUCAAAUACAUUGUUUUAAUCAUUCUAAUAAUUAUUCAAUCUUUAAAUUGACUUGCAAAUCUUUUAAUGGAAAGCUUUCACCUAUUGGAAUAUUUACAAUCAUUACUCAAAUUGGUUCAAUUAUUGUAUUUAAUCAGAAAAAUCAAUGUUUACGUAAUUAUCUUCCUAUUUUAAUUGGCCCUAUUAAAAAAGUUAUACAACCUUAUAUUGAUAAUGAAUUUUAUAUAUAUAAUAUCCUUUGUGAGUUAACACAAAGAAAUCUAUUUUGUACAUAUUUUAGUCAAGAUAAUGUUGAUUCUUUAUUACAUCCUAAUAAUUUUAAUUAUCGUCAAGAAGUUAUUUGGAAUUUUAGAUUUGCUUCUAUACUUGGAUUUACUAUGAAUAUUAAAGAUUUUAUUUUGGAUGAUAAUAAAUUGGAACUUAUUAAAAAUAUGAAUUUAUCAAUUCCAUAUAUUUCUGUUUCAAUUAAAGAUAUACAAGAAUUACGAUUAAUGCUUGAAAAUAAUCAUCCAAAUUAUGAAAAUGAUCAUUUUUAUCCAUUAGAAUCAUUUUCUAGAAUGGAAUUUGUACUGGAUUAUUUUACUAAUAUAAAAUUAUCAUCACCACAAUCUAAUUCAAUGAAUUAUUAUAAAUGUGAUUCAUGUAGUGAUAUAAUUUUAUUUCCUUUAAUUAUUCCAUGUCCUAAAUUACAUCUUGUAUGUACUUAUUGUAUAAUGAAAAAACAUGGUUAUAAUCCAAUUCAAGUUGAUCUUAAUUUUUCAAAUAUUGAAGUUAAUAAUAAAAAUAUUAAUCUAAAGAAGAAAUUAUAUUGGCCUAAAAGAGGACCUAUAAAUUUUUGUAUAGUUUGUGGAGAAGAUAUCAAAAUUAAUUCUGACUUUUUUGAUAGACUUCAAGUACCUAUUCAAAUUUCUUAUAUUGAAUUAAAAAGUAACAAUUCUGAAUUAAAUACAAAUUUUAAUGCAAAUUUAAUUUCAAACUCAACAGAUUUUAAUAUUCCACUAUUUAAUUUUCCAUUAAUUUCUCAACUAAGAACAUUAUUAACCAAAAAUUAUAAAUCUAAUGAAAUUGAAGAAAAUUUAUUUCAAUUAUAUCAGAAAUUUACAGAUAUUACUAUUAAUAAUAUUAAUAAUUAUCUUUAUAAUUAUAUUCAUUCUUUUGGUGAUUCAUUAUUACCUUUUAAUUAUAUUUAUCAAAAUAUUCCUUUUAUAUCAAUUGGAUUAAUUUCUUUAUCAAGUUCAAAAUUGAGAUAUAUAUUACAUUGUAUUUUAAAAGAUAUUCAAGAAAAUCCAAAAACAAAGAUUAUGGUAGUUUCUAGUUUAUGGCAACAAUUGGACUUUUUAUAUUAUACUUUAACCAUUUUAUUUAAUAUAGGAGCUUGUAGAUAUUAUCCACAUAUACCAAAAUCAGAAUUACAGAAAUCUAUUAUAAAUUUUAAAAAAGAUUUUGAAGAUAUAAAUAAGAAUCAUUUUCCAGUUCUUUUAUUAAGUAUUGAUAUUGGAUCUCAUGGUCUUGAUUUAUCUUGUGUAUCAAAUUUAUAUAUUUUAGAUCCAAUUUCAGAUGAAUCAAUAGAAAAUCAGACAAUUUCUAGAGCAUAUAGAAUCAGAUCAAAUAAAAUUCCAUUAUCUUGUUUUGUUAAAGUUAAAUAUUGUCUUAUUCAAGAUACUUUUGAAGAUAUACUUUAUGAUUAUAUUCAAUAUAAGAGAUUUAUUUGUCAAAAUAAUAAUUCUAAAUCAUCAUGUUUUUCUUCAAACAAUAAUAAUAUCAAUAAGAGCAAAAGUAAUGUAUUAAAAGAAGAUGAUCUUGAUAAGGUAAAAAUAUCCAGUAAAAAAAAAAAAAGAAGUUCAUUAUCUUCUUCUUAUGGUGGUAACUCUCAUAUUAGAAAAAAGAUGAAGAUAGAUUCCAAUAGUAAAUCAAUUGAGGAAUAUAAUGAUAAAAUUAUAGAUCUUGAUUUAAACGAUAAGAAUAAACCAGAAUCAGAUUUUUUAGAUUUAGAUCCUACCCAAUUGUUAUUAAGGAUCUUUCUUAAAUAA